AUGGACAACAGUGGCACCCGCUGUUCUCAGAAAUACAUUGUGAAAUCGGCACCUCCACAUCGCCUUGAUAACGAGCGCGCGAUCCUGAAAACACUUGGGCAUCAAUCUGGCGUUCGCAGGCUAGUCGAUGAUAUCCAAAACCCACCAUUGCUAGUUUUGCAAUAUUACGACGACAAUCUGUUGAAUUAUUGCCGGACUAAGAGUGUGGAGGGACGUGAGCUCAAGACCGUUGCCAAAACUGUUCUUCAAGCUCUCGCCGCCCUACACAACCAGGGGCUCGUCCAUACCGACGUCAAACCUGACAAUAUAUUCAUAAACUACUCUGACAACCCAAAGAUAAUCAGCGAGGUUGCUCUGGGUGACUUUGGCGAUACGUGCCAUGUUGGCCCAAACCCCGACCCCAACGAAGAUGGACAUAUCAUCGGUGCAGGAAUCUUUAGAAGCCCGGAAGCCAUGCUGAAUUUGCGCUGGGGGCCGCCAACGGACAUCUGGUCCUUUGGUGCUACUCUCAUCAGCUUAAUUUGGGGAAAGGGGUGGCACAUCUUCAAGCCCGAGAACGUCGACCUGGAGGACGAAAAAUAUCCGGUGUACAUCCUGAUUAAGCAGAUGAACUUUUUUGGGCCACUUCCGGACAAAUUUACGGAGAUCGCAGAUGAGGAAAGGGCGACCAUGGCAAUGCAGCUGAAGGGUUAUGUCGAAAGUAUGAGCAGUGCACAGCGGAAGCCAUUUGCUCGGGCGGAGGACGCUGUGCUCACCAAGGAGACUCGUGAAUUUCUCUGUAGGAUAAUGAAACUGGAUCCACGGGAUAGACCGACGGCGAAUCAGCUGCUGGAGGACGAAUGUCCCCGCCUCUAUGUGGUUGAAAAUAACGCAGGUGAUACUCCCACCAGAGUACGUUCCAUGACAGAUCCGCCAUCCCCAAAUGAAGGUGGCAUUAUUGUCAUUGACAUUGACAUCAUCACCGGUUGA